UACAAAAGAAAUAUGGGUGCUUUCACUGAGAAGCAAGAGGCUUUGGUGAAUAGCUCAUUCGAAGCAUUCAAGCAAAACAUUCCUCAGCUCAGCGUAGUAUUCUACACCUUGAUACUGGAGAAAGCACCUGCAGCAAAGAACAUGUUCUCGUUUCUAAGUGAUGGAGUAGACCCCAACAAUCCUAAGCUUAAGGCUCAUGCUGAAAAAAUUUUUCAACUGACGCGUGACUCAGCUGUUCAACUUCGAGCUAAGGGGGAAGUGGUGGCUGAUUUAAAGCAACUGGGUGCUGUUCAUGUCCAAAAAGGAGUCAUUGAUCCUCAUUUCCUGGUGGUUAAAGAAGCAAUGUUGAAAACAUUAAAGGAAGCAGUUGGAGACAAAUGGAGUGAUGAAUUGGGCAAUGCUUGGGAAGUAGCCUAUGAUGAAUUGGCAGCUGCAAUUAAGAAGGCAAUGGCUUAG